ACACUCUAUAAAGAUAGCUGGUACGGACUUUGUGAGGUCCUUAUCUCUGCCACUCUACCUGUUCGUCAUGUCUCACGUUUCCCUUGCUUUCCUGGCCUCUAUACUGGCAGCAUCCUGCACCAUCUUGCUUGGAUAUCCUCUACAUGCAUCCUGCAAAACAUCUCUAGUAUUUCCAGGAGUUACAUGCGAUUCCGUUAAAACUAAACUUGUCAAUCAAAUAAAUGUGUGGAAAGGGAAAGAUGGAUGUAAGGUCAGCACGCCGGAACUCAAUGAGAAAUGUUUAUACGCACUAGUAUCAAGUGACAGUAACGUCCUGAAGGCCACCCAUGAAACCCCACUCCAUCCGUACAUUGAUGACGUCACCUUUACCUUCACGACAAGCGGAAGUGACUGUAAUGUCGAGGGGAACUCACGAUCCAGGACAUGGUAUGCCUAUCUGGACUUUGGAACCAACUACUGCAACAUGAAUAACCUUCUCACAGGUUCUGGAUUGAGUACCUUGGUUGGAUUCAAAGAAACUACAUCCGAUGACAUCUGUACACAGUAUUCUUCCGCCAACUGCACUCGUUACUAGUACAAGUCUCCUACAUUGAAUCACACCUUAUGAUCACAAUGCUGUUUACGAUAUUAUAUUCAUGGCGUUAAAUAUAGUUUGUGUUCAAAUAAACAAUACCCAUAACUCUGA